GGCGCUUUAAUUCCAGCGAAAUAACUAUGAGAAACGAAUCUGUCGUGCCAAGGGCAGAGUGCGGAGAUCUCGUCCUUUAACUUGCGGCGGCCGCCAAGUACUUGCCGCUCCUCAGUUGGGCUUAAAAAGAUCAGGAUACGCAGGCUAUUCGUGUGCUUCCCUCAUCUCCUUCUUCACCCCGCGGGCGCUUCAAAUUUCUCCUCACAGGUAGAUAGUGCUGGCACGUCACUGUUCCACAAUGAAGACUUUUGCCUUUUCCACUCUCCUCGCAGGCGGAGCCUUCGCUGCUACCAUCCCCAACACGGCAGCUCCUAUCUGCAGGUUCAAGCGCGACACGACUUGGAACCCACCGUCUAACCUCGUGGUUCCCCUUAAGCAGGUCUGGGAUCACGAGAUCUCCACCUACAGCAAUCCCCUCGGCUUCAAGAACUACGGUUACGACCAAGUCAUGGCCGGAAAGGGCAAAAUCAACUACUGCGUACGCUGGGACUCGAGCAAGUCCGUUUCGGCGGCCCAACGCACUCAGAUCGAAGCCGCUGUCCGCAAACAAUUCAACAAAUGGAUUUCUGUCCUUGCUGGUUUUGAGAAAUUUCCGUACAAGACAGUAGACGUGAACGUUGUGGGCUGGGCGGUUCGCGACAAGAAUUUGCUCCAGGGCGAUACUUCUAGCAUCCAGGUGUACACCGAUAAGGAUGCAGAUGGCAUUCCGCAGUGCGCCGAGAACUGCGGCCGCUUCUUCCACCAAGACGCGGAUUAUAGCCGUUGUACUGCGGGCGCUGACCGUCACUAUGACCAAUCUCUAUGGUUGACUGACGGCUUCGAAGGUGGCGCAGGAGGCGACUGGGGUCAGCGUGCCGGCACCGACUACUUCCUCGGCGCCUUAAACAGCGAGAACAUCCACAUUAUACUCCAUGAAAUGGGCCACACGUUCGCGCUCGACGAUUUCUACGACUGGACUCCCACUGGGGUGACGAAUUUCAUCAUGCUGGCCGGCUCUGCGACAGAAAUCACCGAAUUCGAUGCGUGGAUGGCUAGGGAUUGGUGGAGAAACCUGAAAUCUAGGUACGGGCUAUGA